CUGCUAAGAUCACAUACGACGUUCCUGUGUUACAGUGGCUCGGUUAGCAGAUUAAGUGUAACUCUGUAUUUUCAUUGCGAUUUAAAAGUCAUUGACAAAAUAGACGGUUCUUUUUUUAAUAAGGUGCAACUUUAAUAAUUACCAGUAAGAGGGCUGUGAUUUGCAUUACAGGUAGGAAGGCGAAGGUCAUUGUCUCGCAGCCAUGCCGCCUGGGCCCGUUCAGAUCGUACAGCCGGAACUUAACAACUCGCAACCAGAAGAGACGAAGGAUGAAACUCCAGCAACAAAACCGAUCGUGGGAAUCAUUUAUCCGCCCCCCGAAGUCCGAAACAUUGUCGACAAGACAGCCAGCUUCGUAGCCAGGAAUGGACCAGAGUUCGAGGCCAGGAUUCGGCAGAACGAGAUCAACAACCCAAAGUUCAAUUUCCUGAACCCCAGUGACCCCUACCAUGCCUACUACCGGCACAAGGUCAACGAGUUCAAGGAGGGCAAAGCCCAGGAGCCGUCGGCCGCCGUGCCCAAGGUCAUGCAGCAGCAGGCCAUGCAGCAGGCCCCGCAGCAGCAGCUGCCGCAGAAGGUCCAGGCUCAGGUGAUUCACGAGACUGUGGUGCCCAAAGAGCCCCCGCCUGAAUUUGAGUUCAUCGCAGACCCCCCCUCCAUUUCUGCCUUCGACCUCGACGUGGUGAAGCUGACGGCCCAGUUUGUGGCCCGCAAUGGCCGCCAGUUCCUCACGCAGCUCAUGCAGAAGGAGCAGCGCAACUACCAGUUUGACUUCCUGCGGCCCCAGCACAGCCUGUUCACCUACUUCACCAAGCUGGUGGAGCAGUAUACCAAGAUCCUCAUCCCACCCAAGGGGCUCCUGCAGAAGCUGAAAAAGGAGGCCGAAAACCCCAGGGAGGUGCUGGACCAGGUCCGCUAUCGCGUGGAGUGGGCCAAGUUCCAAGAGCGUGAGAGGAAGAAAGAGGAGGAGGAGCGAGAGAAGGAGCGCGUGGCCUAUGCCCAGAUCGACUGGCAUGACUUUGUGGUGGUGGAGACCGUGGACUUCCAGCCCAACGAGCAAGGACAUUUCCCCCCUCCCACCACCCCAGAGGAACUUGGCGCUCGGAUCCUGAUUCAGGAGCGCUACGAAAAAUUUGGGGAGAGUGAAGAAGUGGAGAUGGAGGUGGAGAGUGAGGAUGAGGAAGAUGACCGGGUGGACAGGGAGGAUGGACAUCCAACCCAGCCGGACCAGGACACACAGCUACAAGACAUGGAUGAGGGCUCUGAUGACGAUGAUGACACCAUGAAGGCACCGUUGCCCCCUGAUAACCCCAUGCCCCCACCCCUGCCCCCCACACCCGAUCAGGUCAUCAUCCGCAAGGACUACGACCCCAAGGCCUCCAAGCCCCACCCCCCGACGGUAGCCUCAGAGGAGUACCUGAUCUCCCCCAUUACGGGGGAGAAGAUCCCUGCCAGCAAGAUGCAGGAGCACAUGCGCAUUGGCUUGCUGGACCCACGCUGGCUGGAGCAGCGUGACCUGAAGAUCCGCGAGCGGCAGAUCGAGGACGAGGUGUACGCCCCGGGGCCUGACAUCGAGAGCAGCCUGAAGCAGCUGGCCGAGCGGCGUACCGACAUCUUCGGUGUGGAGGAGACCGCCAUCGGCAAGAAGAUCGGGGAGGAGGAGAUCCAGAAGCCAGAGGAGAAGGUGACGUGGGACGGCCACUCGGGCAGUAUGGCACGCACACAGCAGGCCGCGCAGGCCAACAUCACGCUGCAGGAGCAGAUCGAGGCCAUCCACAAAGCCAAGGGCCUGGUGCAAGAGGACGACACCAAGGAGAAGAUUGGGCCCAGCAAGCCCAACGAGGCCCUGCCUCCACCCCCACCAGCAAUAGCCUCUACGAUGCCCAGCCUUCCCAAGCCCUCGCCACCGGUGACCUCGGUGCCCCGCGCCCCUCCCUCUGUGAGCUUAUGGACUUGUCUCUCUGUGUCCCACACCCUACAGCAACUCACUGGCACAACAUGCGGCAACGUGCAACACACAGACAAUGCUUUUAGUGAAGAUGUUUCACUAGUGUCAGAAACACAAGCAAUCUGUCAACAUCUAGGCAUUUUCAUCAAGGACUCCAACUCGCUGGCGUACUACAACAUGAACAGUGGCUCCGUCAUCCACCUGGCACUGAAGGAGCGUGGAGGCAGGAAGAAGUGAAGGCUGCUGCGCUUCCUCCAGCACCCUCUGCUGGCCUGGAGCAGACUGUCACGUCCAAUCCAACUUGUGGUUCCGCUGGCAUCCCAGCACUGCUGAGUAGCUGUUCUUGGGACAGCAGGCAGAUAUGGAUCAUUUACCAGUUUCCCAAAAUUUCCCUGCAGAACCUGUGUCAUGUACCCCCCCCCCCUCCUCACCCGUUUCAAACAGCUUUGAAAAAUAUAGUGAUGGGAUGGCACAGAGCGCCACCUGCAGGCCGUGACUGUCUCUGUGUACAUGCCACUUGGAGUUUGCUUUGGGUGACAUUCUGCUUUACUUAAUUGCACAACACACUGCUUGGGCAUCAGUCUCUCACUGUGGUGUGCUACUUUUUUUUGUUUUGUUUAAAGCAUCAGCUACAUCGCUUAGGAAUCCUUGUUCUAAAAACCCAGUAAUCUUGGUGAUUUGCUGCAAUCAAACUAUACUGUGGUAGAAAUGUAUCCUGUGCUAGAAAUCUAUCUUGUGCUGAUUAUCUCAAAAUCACCUUUAGGGUUUUUUUUUUUUUUUGGUAAGUUCCCCUCCAGACAAACGGCAUUACCUGGCAUGUUGCUAUUUGCAUGGAGAUAUUUUCAGUUGCUGUUGAUGUGAACAUAGAUAGGUUUGCUUAAUCGUUAUAGGUCUGCUGUAACACACAUCUCAACUUUGUAUAGUAGAUUUGCUUUCUAAACUUUAAAUAAAGUCAUUUCCUUCUGGGUA